AGAGAGAGAUGGGUGGGCACGUCACAGCAUCCUAGCGACCCAGCCUGUAGCCUAGCCUAGUCUUACUCGCCUUCACUGCGCUGUCUUAUUGCAAAUACUGUAAAUCUUGUCGAGGAACAGGAAUUGCCUUGAUGAACAAUGGGUGAAGUUCCUCAAUUGAUUAAAAUCGGAGUUUCUCUGAAAAUACAACCAAAUAACGGGCCGGUGUUUUUUAAAGUUGACGGGUCUAGAUUUGGUCAGAACAGGACAAUAAAAUUGCUUACAGGAUCAAAGUACAAAAUUGAAGUGAUUGUGAAACCCGGAGCGGUUGAGGCCACCACCAUGAGCAUAGGAGGGGUGACCUUCCCAUUGGAGGAGCAAUCCAAAGACCCCCAAUCAAUCGUUUACACCGGCAUCUAUGACACGGAGGGAGUCCCGCAUACUAAAAGCGGCGAGAGGCAACCCAUUCAAGUCAGCAUCCAGUUUACUGAAGCUGGCCUCUUUGAGACAGUGUGGCAGGUGAAAUUCUACAACUAUCACAAGAGGGACCACUGCCAGUGGGGGAACAGCUUUGGCAGCAUCGAGUAUGAGUGCAAACCCAACGAAACGCGAAGCCUGAUGUGGAUCAACAAGGAGCUGUUCGUCUGAGGAACAGAGCACUCGUAACAUUUCACAAAAGAGAACAAAGUAGCCAAGUCCAACUUAUCAUGACUUCUUGAUAUCAGCCAGCAUGAAAAUACAUGACAAUAAUAAAGCCUUCCUCUGAUUCUUCUCAUAAGUAGUUCACGGUAGAGCUGUUGUGCCAUCUAAUUUCAUGCUGAACGUGGCCUGUUGGUGAUGUGUGAGUUGAUACUGUGAUUUAGUUUCUUUUUGUUGGUAUAGUGACCAUUAUUUUUUUGUUGUUUUCUAUUGCUAAAAAGCACAGGCAGAGUUAUGUCUGCAAAGAGUGUUUACAUUCAGAGUUCUAACUCAAGAAGAAUGCACCAUUAUUGUUUACCUUUGAAUAUCCUUGCAUUAUUAAUGCAACAUGUUUUCUGUUUGAGCAUAUCAAUUCUGCUUUCUUAGUGGGUUUGUCUGCUACCAUUAUUUUGAUGAAUUGAGAUAUGAGAAGGCACAUUUUCUCAACACAAAUUUUAAUUGUAUUUUAUUUUAAAAUAUAUUUUAAAAAGUGUGAUUUUUAAACAAUAAAGUGUUUUGAACUGAUGUAAGUGGCGCCAAAACACAACAAGGUGCAAUAAAGGAAGUAUAACAAGAA